AUGCCUUCCCUACCCGUUCUCAUCGACACGACGCCCGACUUUGAUUUUGCCCCUGCCCAAGAUGCGACUCAGAAACGCACUCUGCUCCUCGCUCCUCCCUCAAUCGCCGCCCAUGAAGAGAAGUUAAGAGAUAUCUUUGCGACAUUUGAUCGUUCCGUUACCGAUUUGCAGAUGCUCGACCGCCUAUCUGCCGGAUUCGUCACACUCCCUGCAUCUGCUUACGAUCUCGUGCUCGUCCUCACAGAUACCAAUGGCGCUCGACGAAACGAGGCUCUUGGGCUGCUUACUCGCGAUGUUUUUAAUGUUUUGACCCCUGCCAUGAAGCCUUCGGCACAGUUGAAGUUACAAGACGGCCCCUUUCAAGCAACCGAGGGUCGUGAGGCAAUUCUGGCUGGCUUGGUGGAGAACAAUGGCGCAUUCGAGAAACCACAAUAUCAGGAAGCCGCUGUACCUCUCCGAUUCGGUUUGAAAAAGAAGAAUAAGGUUGCCCCGGAGCCCGUCAAGGUCGAGUCCGUUGGCUUUGUUGAUAAUUACGACGAUGACGAAUUGAUUGAUGAAGACGAUUUGCUGGCCGAGGAAGAUCUUGGCAGGCCUGUACAGCAGCCCGCCGAAUGCAAACCAGAUAUCGCCAAAAAGCGACGACGCGCCUGCAAGGACUGCACCUGCGGUCUUGCCGCGCAACUCGAAGCCGAAGACGCCGAGCGCCGCGAAAAAGCCAAUGCAGAGCUCAACGUGCUCAAACUCAAGACAGACGAACUCAACGACGAAGUCGACUUUACCGUGCAAGGAAAGACCGGCUCAUGCAACAGCUGCUCGCUAGGCGAUGCGUUCCGUUGCGAAGGCUGCCCCUUCAUUGGACUGCCUGCCUUUAAGCCUGGCGAGGAGGUUAGAAUUAUGAAUGAUAUGGCUCAGCUUUGA